UUGUGUUUUGUAAACACAACAUCCAGCUGAGCACGUACGCCUCGCAGAGCUUUUACAGAGACCAUUUGUGUCGGCUGUAGUUGUCAGAGUUUUUUGCUGUAGUGCGUUGGUUUGCCUGAACACGGUUUUCCUGCUGCUUUUUAUUUUCUUCUCUAAAGUAUCAGAGCUACGGCGCAGAGCUAAAAGCCGUCCCCGGCGCACAGAAACUCGGGUUUGCGCUCCUUCCUGUCCCCAGAAAAAAAAGGUGACACUUUCUCAUGGUGGUCUCAGGUCAAUGGGGAACUGUCUGUUUUCACAAAGUGCGGAUGACCUUUCGCUACUGAACGACUCCGAAGGGGGCAGUCUGCCCGGAGAGCCGCCGCCGCCCUACCAGGAGCACACCCAACCAGUGCCAGUCUUCCAUCCCACCCCAGGCGAGAGCCGCCGGGCCAGUCAGCUGACCGAGGAGGAGCAGAUCCGCAUCGCUCAGCGCAUCGGACUCAUCCAGCAUCUUCCCAAGGGUGUCUUCAACCCGGGCUCGGACCCCUCUGACAAGAAAGUGAAAGAGUGUGUGAUCUGCAUGAUGGAUUUUGAAUAUGGCGAUCCCAUUCGGUUCUUGCCCUGCCUUCACAUCUACCACAUGGACUGCAUUGACCCCUGGCUGAUGCGCUCCUUCACCUGCCCCUCCUGCAUGGAACCUGUAGAUGCAGCCCUGCUGUCUUCUUAUGAAACCAACUGAGUAGCGUUCAAUGGCUACUCCUGCCUAGAAGUAUGCACCUUUUUUUUGUUUUAGGGAUUUUUUUUAGCCAAAACUGCCCUAACAAUGUAAACAGGUAGCAGAGAUGAUGCGAUUGAGCAGAUGUUGGUAGGUUGUUUCGGGAUGCUGAGAAACUACUGCUGCAGUGCGUUGCUUCUGUCUGAUGUGGACAUCUUUUGAUGCUGAGGGGGGGGGGAAAUGUGCCAAAUCAAAUCAGAUGAAGAAAAAAAACGUUAUCGCGUAAUUGUUUCAUUUUUGGUUUAACAGCAUAUCAUCAUUUUAAAGCUGGAAUUAGUGGAAUUUGAUUCCCCUUUUAUGAUGUGCAAUAUUGUGGUGAAAUGACUGUUUGGUGUGUGAGUUUGUGUCUCAGAAACACUGGCUUCUCUGAAAUGCAAUCCUCCAAAUACCAGAAAAUACCAGUAAAUUUCCUAAACAAAACAAUGCUGUUUAGUUUGAUUGCUUUUCAGAUCUGUAUCAUCAUGAGAACAAACGUUGAUUUCGCUCUGAUACUAUUUUGAAGAUUGUAUUUGUUUUGUUUUACACCCCCAAAAUGGGAUUCUUGUUUUUUCUUCUUUUUUUUUCUUUAAACUUACGAUUUUGUUUUUCUUUGCCCCUUUUAUGGUCAUCUCUCUUUUGUGUUUGUUCUCUUUGAAAUGUUUAAAAAAUCAAUCCUUUUAGUGUCACUUUCUUAGUUUAUCAGUAGCAUUUAAAAAGAAACGAUAUGCUGUGCAACCCCCGCUUAAAGCACCUUGAGAUACUCCUCAUCUGAGCUCACAGAUUUCUUCGAUUGUUUGUGUAUAGAAGUGUGUGUUUCAGGAAAUGAUUGUAAAAGACUGUAAAGUCAGGGUGACAUGAAUUUUGAAGGUUGGACACCAAGUUGUUUUUUUGGCCAGUUAGGUUCCCAUCAUGUGCCGRUAAAUAAAACCUUUUUCAAAGUUGUCGAGUAAGGAAGGACAAAAGUCGCUGCCCACUUUAUGAUCUCUCGCAAACAAAAGAAGAGAUAAAACUGAAACUACAGCAGUAAAAAUAGAAUGUAUSUCGAAUGUAAAGCAAAGUUUCAGCUGUCUGAUUUGACUGUAGAUAAAGAGAGGACAUUUCUGAUUUACUGUGCACUUACUAUGCCUUUUUUUAAAAGAUUGGUGUAAACCAGUUCCUGUGAAGUACAAUCAUUUUUUGGACUUUGUGUUUAGUUUUCCUCUGCGAGGAGACAGGUACCAGCGCAACUGUGUCGCUCUGUGAAACAGGCCUGACACAGAGCCAGGCCAUCCAUCUGGCUGCUGGUAAAAACUAUCAUUAUGUCUUAAUUUAUAUUGUAUGCUCAAGAGCACAAAGUUUAGAAAACUCAUGAAUCCACAAUAAAAGUGAAUACUAAAUCUG